GGCACUCGCUUUCUGCGUAAAUACGUGUCGGUAGCGCGCAGAAUCCAGAUCAUAAAAGAAGAGGACCGAAAGAAAGAAAGAAAGAAAGCGAAAGAGAGAUCUAGAAGAAGAAGAUGGCAUUGCAAUGGCUGAUCCUGACGUAUGUGGUUGCAGCGGAGGUCGCGAUCGCCGUCAUAUUGACUCUCCCUUACCCUAUGCUUCUGAAGAAACGCGUCGUGUCACUCGUCUCCCUCAUACUCCAGCCUGCCGCCUCCAUCGUCGCCUUCGCCGGGUUUCAACUCCUCGAUAUUUAUUGGAAGAAUGAGCAUAGACUAGAGUGCUCAUCUGAGGUUUGCACUGCUACAGAGCGUGAUCGCUACGAGAAAUCCAUCUACAAGGCUCAGAGGAAUGUGGUUCUGUGUGCGGCGGGGAUCCUUCUCUACUGGUGUAUUCAUCGCAUCUGCAAGUACAACAAAGACCUUGAGCAUUUGGAGGAACUAGAGAAGAGAUGCAAGGCAGAGUAGUAGUCUCCCUCUUCUGUUAUUAUAUCACCUCGGCUUGUUAGUAGACCACGAUUUCCCUCGAUGAAUCUUUGCACAGACCUUAUUUGUGUUUGAUCUUGCAACUUUGAUUUACUUUUCGAGAAACAGCAUGUUUUAUUUCUA